AUGUCCGUGCCGCUGGCUGGAGGCUCGACCGGAAACGCGCUCUUCCGGCCGUCCCUUCACGACGUUUCGACCGCCCAGGGCGCCCACGGAUCCCGGUACGGUAGACAGGCGCCCUCGCACGGCCUCCAUCGCACGCAACUAAACGACCGCCGCUGCGCCACCGUCGUGGUCAGAUCCAAGGUCCACCUCGGGGAGCACACCGAGUUCGGCCUCCCGGGCGAACACCCGACCUCCCGCGCGGCCCGCGUCGUCGCACGCGCGGAGGCGAACACUGCACCGAACGGCGGAGAGUUCCAGCCGAGCGUCGGCGCGGAGAAAGGCGGUGAGCCGGCGGAGACGACGACCGGGGAGAAACCACUGGGCUGGGUCCCGAUGCACGAUUUUUGCCUCACGCUCCCGUGGGGGCUGUUCGUGGCGUUGGGCGGACUCGCGGGGUUCGCCAUCGCGGGCAGCACCAAAUCCCUGAUCUUUGGCGGAGGUAUGGGCACCCUGCUCAUGGCGCUCGGGGCGAUGAGCCUCAAGAAGUGGAAGGCGAACGAGUCGUCUUUCGUCGAGACGGCGAUGAGCCUCUUCAUCUCCGUCGCGCUGAUGGCGGUGACGGGUAGGAAGUGGAUGGCGGGCGGGAGCUUCAUCCCCGCGGGUCUGAUCGCGUGCGGGGCGCUUUUCAUGAACGUGUUCUACGCGCACAACAUGAUGACGGGGGGUAACCCGACGAGGGAACACUCGUCGGAUGGGAGUAAGGACGACUGA